GGUUGUUUCUGUGAGUCACAAAUCUUCCUUUGUUUGGUUAACACUAGGCUCAAAGCACCCAAGAGAGUUUUUAUAUGUAUGUUAACUGCCACCUGUCGAGCAUCAGAUGGUCCACUUGACUGGCCCUCACUUCUUAUAGGCAGCUGCACAGUCCCCACAAACUGGAGAAGCCGGUGGCUUUUGUUGCGGAUCCGUUUGUGAAAGAGGAGAGAAAAGAGUUGAUUUUGGGUGGAAGAAAGUUUGAGAAUUUGCGUUGAGGAAACAGAGUGGAAUAGGAUUUUGGUAUGUGAAGGAAUAUACAAAGAAAAAAACAAGAACGUUUUCUGGGUAUAUUCUUUUGCAGAAAGUGAAGAUAUUGAAGUAACAAGAAAGCUCACCCUUUUUACAUCUCCUUAUUGUUGUUUACAUGGUUUUCGUUACAAAGAAGAAAACCCAGAAAGGAAAUAUCCAACUUCAUUAGCCCUGUGUAGAAUUUUACAUACUUGAGUCUCUAAGUUGGUGGUGGAAUUUGAGGUGAUUGGUGAAUGGGAAAAUGGAUUUCUGGCCGGAGUUUCUUGCAAACAGCUGGGGAAAAGAAUUUGUGGCAGGAGGAUUUGGAGGCAUUGCUGGUAUAGUAUCUGGGUAUCCACUUGACACUGUUAGAAUUUUGCAGCAGAAUUCCAAAGGUGGCUCUGCUUUUAACAUUCUUCGCAAUGUCAUCUCCAAAGAAGGCCCUACUGCCCUUUACAGGGGCAUGGGUGCUCCCUUGGCAUCCAUCACAUUUCAGAAUGCUAUGGUUUUCCAGUCAUACGCCAUUCUCUCUGGGGCUCUUGAUCCAUCAGUGUCCACUAAAGAUCCUCCUUCUUACAAAGGUGUUGCUCUAGGAGGAGUUGGGGCAGGUGCUUUGCAGAGUCUAAUCCUCUCCCCAGUAGAACUCGUAAAAAUCCGGCUUCAACUGCAAACCAAAACCCAAAAAGGACCCAGAGAAGUUGCGAAAAGCAUAAUGAAAGCAGAAGGGUUAAGAGGAUUAUAUAGAGGCCUCGGCAUUACUAUUCUCAGGGAUGCACCAGCUCAUGGUUUGUACUUUUGGACUUAUGAGUAUACGAGAGAGCAACUUCAUCCUGGCUGUAGAAAAUCCGGCGAAGAGAGCUUACAAACAAUGUUGGUGGCAGGAGGGCUAGCAGGAGUAGCUAGCUGGAUUUCUUGUUAUCCGUUGGAUGUGGUAAAAACCAGAUUACAGGCUCAAUCUUCAUACCCUCCACCGAAAUAUACUGGCAUAGUUGAUUGCUUCAGGAAAAGUGUGAGAGCUGAUGGUUACGCCGUGCUGUGGCGAGGACUUGGAACUGCGGUUUCUAGAGCCUUUCUGGUGAAUGGGGCUAUUUUUGCGGCCUAUGAGAUUGCUCUGAGGUGCCUUUUCAGCAAUGGAAGCAUUCCACAAGAGAAUGCAAUGCCUGCAGAGUGAAGGGUUUACUUGCAGCCAAUUAAAUUGGUAUAUAAACUCAGAAGCAAGAAUAUUGUAUGAUCGACCAUUAAUCUUGC